CACUCCAGCUGUGCGUAAAAGGAGCGAUAAUGGACCCCCGUGGCGCGAUGGCACAGAUGCGCUGUUUGUCUGUUCUCUAUCAGCACUUCAAAUAAUCCAGCAGCGAGGUGCAGACUACCUGCACGGAUAGUUAGUAUUAGCUGUAAUCCAGGCUCCAGAGGAAUCAUAGAUUUAUAUGCAGAGGCAUUUGGGUGAAAUUACGCACAGUUGGCGAUGAUGGAGCUAAUUAAAGUUGUUCUGAUAGUUGUGCUGCUUCUGACAAAUGUUUUCUGUCAAGAAAUGGAUGUUGACAACUGGAGAGAAGGCAUCGAAGAGAACAAAUUGCCAAACUCUGAAGUAAUUGAAGAUUUAUUAGUGAGAAUGACCAGAAAACCAGGACCACGCCAGUACCUCGGACUCAUGGGGAAGAAAGACUCCGCAAAGACACAGACAGCACGCAAACGGCAUAAAUUUCAAACCUUUGUUGGACUGAUGGGUAAAAGAAGCUUUGAGGAUGAAGGAGCCCAAUGAGCUGCGCUGGAGACUGAAGAUCUGCUUUCUUUUCUUUGUUUCAUUUAAAACCGGCUACAAAAAGUUUCAUUUCUUUAGUUUUGUCAUUGUUUCAUGAAUAAAAUAUCACAUUUAACAGUCUAGUUUAACACUGCGGUGAACCUUUAGGCCAACAGCGCCAUCUAGUGUUGACAUAAAGAUGGUGAAACCCAGGAAUCUGUGACACUGGAGAUACUUAAAUAAUACAAUAAAUAAUAAUAAUAAUAAUAAUAAUAAUAAUAAUAAUAAUAAACCCAUCUCACUCCUCGGUAUCAUCACAGGUUUAUUAAGUGACUUUGUACAAUACAAAUGAAAAAUAAAAUUAAAAAUACAGAGAUGGAGUACAUAGCCAAAGCAAAUUGCGGUGUUGACUCUUCAUUUCCCCACUGAUGGUUUCCGCAGUGAUUGAAAUAUUGUUGUUUGUUUGUUUGUUUGUGUAAAGCGUCCAGGAUCACUGUUUUCUUUUCAACAGUGGACGCCGCUCUCCGUCUCUCUGAGGAGUUUCUUCUAAACAUACAAAAGAAGUUAUAACUCCAGCUGGCUCGGUAUAUAUAAAAAUAAACUAAAGUGAAAUAUAACACUUAUGACAUUAUAAAUGGUGGUCCAAGGCUAGUGGAAAUAGCUAAAAACACAGGAAAAAGAAAGCGUUACAUUUCAGAAAUAAAAA